AUUUCCUUGAAUUAUUGGCUUUGAGCUAGCUAGUGUUUGCCAUGGCGAUUAAUGGUGAGGGCGGAAAGCCGCUUCAUAUUGUGAUGUUUCCAUGGCUAGCUUUUGGCCAUAUGAUCCCAUACUUAGAGCUUUCAAAGCUAAUUGCUUUAAAAGGUCACAAGGUUUCCUUUGUUUCUACACCUACAAACAUUGAUCGCCUUCCUAAAUUCUCUGGAUCUCUGGCUUCUCAAAUCAGUUUCGUUAAGCUUCCUUUGCCUCAUGUCAAAAACCUUCCAGAAAAUGCCGAGGCGACCAUUGAUGUUCCAUAUGAUAAAGUUAAGUAUCUGAAGCUAGCUCAUGACGGUCUCCAAGAAUCCAUGGCCAAGUUUCUAGAAGAUUCCUGUCCUGAUUGGGUUUUUCUGGAUUUCGACGCUUACUGGCUUCCUCCUGUUGCAUCAAAGCUAGGCGUUUCUACUGCUUACUUUAGCAUCUAUAUUGCAGCUUUUUUGGGGUUUCUUGGACCUUUGCCUUCUUCUUCACUAAUGGCUGAUUAUGAUGAGCGGAAGAGGCUUGAAGAUUUCACUGUCCCGCCGAAAUGGGUCCCGUUCGAAUCGUCGGUCGCGUUUCGGCUUUUCGAGAUUUCUCGUAUUUUAGAUGGUGUGACGGGCGAUGAAGAGAAUGUUUCUGACGAGUUUCGUUUCAUGUCGACGAUCCAACGUUGUGAUAUUUUGGCCGUGAGGAGUUGUUCGGAGUUCGAACCCGAAUGGUUAAAGCUUGUGGAGGACAUGCACCGGAAGCCGGUUAUUCCGGUUGGGCAGCUUCCGACCACGGCUUACAAUGGAUCUGUUGGGGCCAAUGUUGAAGCUGAUGAUAGCAAGAACGACGAGUGGCAAGUAAUCAAAGGGUGGCUCGAUCGGCAAGUGACAGGUUCGAUUGUCUACAUUGCGUUCGGAAGCGAGGCAAAACCGAGUCAAGUUGAGCUCACUGAGAUCGCACUUGGUUUGGAGCUCUCUGGUUUGCCUUUCUUUUGGGUUCUCAGAACAAAGCGCGGGGAAGCGGACACCGAGUUGAUUCAACUUCCAGAAGGAUUUGAAGAGCGAACCAACGACCGUGCUAUUGUGUGCACAACCUGGGUACCUCAACUCAACAUCCUGAGUCACGACUCGGUGGGAGGUUUCUUGACGCACUCUGGCUGGAGUUCUGUGGUGGAGGCAAUACAGUUUGAGAAGCCAUUGGUUUUGUUAACUUUCUUGGCGGAUCAAGGGUUGAAUGCCAGGGUUUUGGAGGAAAAGAAGAUGGCUUAUUCGAUACCACGAGAUGACAGAGACGGGUGGUUUACCCGUGACUCGGUAGCACACUCGUUGAAACUUGUGAUAGUUGAAGAAGGAGGAAAGAUUUACAGAGAUAAAAUUAAGGAGAUGAAAGGAUUGUUUUGUGACAAAGCUAAGCAAGACGCUUACGUCGACAAUUUAUUAAAUUUUCUGCACAACCAUAAAAAAUUGAAACCAUAACAAGGAUAAGGUCGGAUCGGAUAAUUUGUCAUUGUUGUUAUAAAUAUUUUAUUGAUUAUGAACAUUAUGAUUAGUGUGUACGUAGCGUUUGUAACGGUUAUGUCAUUUAUUCACUACUUAAUGUUGUACUAUAUAUAUAUCUAUAUCUAUAUAUA